AUGAAUGUCAUGAUCGAAUGCCCAUAUGUGGUCGGCAACAAGAUUAUGCUCCAGCUGGAGAGUCGCCCAGUUCAAGCCACAAUCGUUAAAACCUUUGAACCCUGGACCAAUGCAUGUGCCAUGGUCCUUUCGUUUGACUCCGAUCUUUCUGCUCUAGGCAUAGAGGGAAAUGUGGUCCUGAAGGUUUAUGAUCGGCGGUUUUCAACGGAACAACGAACUUACCGGGGAACGGAUCCUUGA